AUGGCUAAAAUUCACACUCCCAUUCCCAACCUCAAGCUCAAUGAUGGCACGAGCAUCCCAAUGAUCGGCUACGGCACCGGCACAGCCUGGUACAAGUCCGGCGAGGAAUCCAAACUCGACCAGACGUGCAUCGAUGCCGCCAAAAUGUCGCUCGACCUGGGCUACUACCACCAAGACGGCGCGGAAAUGUACAAGACGGAGACGGAGCUGGGCACGGCCAUCAAGAGCUCCGGCGUGCCGCGCGAGAAGCUCUUCGUCACGACCAAAGUCCUGCGGAACAUGACGGAUCUAUCGAGUGCGCUGAAGACGAGCUUGAAGAAGUUGCAGCUGGAUCAUGUUGAUUUGUUUUUGAUCCACUCGCCUUUCUUCAGUGACAAGAAAGAGGAACAUCAGGAGAAGUGGAAGCAGAUGGAGGAGCUCAAGGCCCAGGGCUUGUGCAAGUCCAUUGGCGUCAGCAACUAUCUCCCGGAACAGCUCGACUGGAUCCUCGAAAACGCUACCGUUCCUCCCGCCAUCAACCAGGUCGAAUUCCACCCCUACCUCCAGCGUGAGGAGUUGAUCAAGUAUCAUAAAGCCAAGGGCAUCGCGACGGCCGCAUACGGCCCAUUGUCCGCAGUUACGAAAGGUGCCGGUGGCCCAGCAGAUGAUGUUCUAAACGCCCUGGCCCGCAAAUACGCCGUCAGCCCCGCCGAGAUCUCGUUGAGGUGGUGCAUCGACCAGGACAUUGUUCCCAUUACCACUUCCAGCAAGGAGCAGCGCCUGAGCGAUUAUCUGUUGACGUUCAGAUUCAAACUCACUCCUGCGGAGAUCAAAGAGAUCAACGAAGCUGGCAGCAAGAAGCACCUACGCGGCUUUUGGACGCACAAGUUCGACGAAAACGACAGAAGGUAA